AUGUCCUUGCGUCCUCGUCAAUCUCAUGGGUUUUCGUCUCCGGCGAAGCAGAGGAAGAAAGCUCCCAAGAAUUCCAUGACUCCGAGAACGAUGAUCCGUAAUCGUCUACCUUCUUACCUAAAACCUGGCGCCGCCGUGGAAAUCAGCUCCGACGAGCCUGGGUUUCGCGGCUCUUGGUACCCCGGAACGGUGAUCACAAUCCCAUCCUCAGAUAAGGAUUCCGUCAGAUGUCAGGUGGAGUACACGACGCUUUUCUUCGACAAAGACGGGAAGAAACGGCUGAAGGAAGCUGUCGACAUGAUUCAGCUUCGUCCUCCGGCGCCGCCGAUGUCUGAGAGGGAGAAAAAGAAGGAUAUCGCGGUGGGGGAAGAGGUCGAUGCUUUUUACAACGAUGGUUGGUGGGAAGGGACUGUGACGGAGGUUCUCGGUGAUGGGAAAUUCAGUGUUUUCUUCAAGAGUUCGAGGGAGCAGAUUCGGUUUCGCAAAGACGAGCUACGAUUGGUGCUUGAGAACUUUCUUUGUUGUGGUGACUCAAUUGAAGGUUUAGCGAUAUUAAUCGUGACAGUAAUAACAAUGCAGUAUAUAUUAGCCCGAGUGGAUCCGGAAACUGCUAGAGAAAUCGCGAAACAAAUGUUUUCGAGUGGCACGAUUGUUGAAGUUAGCAGCGACGAGGAAGGUUUCAAGGGGUCCUGGUUUGUAGCUAAAGUCAUUGAAACCAUUGGCGAAGACAAAUACCUUGUUGAGUACCGAGACUUGACAGAAGAUGAUGGCAUACAGCUUUUGAAAGAAGAAACCGAUUUUCUGCACAUACGGCCACCACCACCAAGUGAGGACGGCAUAGAUUUUGUUGUUGGAGACAAGGUUGAUGCGUUUUACAAUGAUGGCUGGUGGUUAGGUGAUGUCAUUGAGAGUAUGCAGGAUGGAAUAGUUGGUAUCUUAUUCAGGCAAUCAGGAGAAAAGAUGCGGUUUGGAAGGCAGGGUCUUCGUCUGCAUAAAGACUGGAUUAACGGAACCUGGGAACUGCCACUGAAAAGAGGAGGGAUAAAGAGGGCAAAGAAAGUUUCAUGUGAUCGGAACGUGAGACCUAAGAAAGCGAUCGAGAAGCAAGAGUUCAGCAUUGGAACUGCAGUUGAGGUUAGCAGUGAGGAAGAUGGAUUUGAAGAUUCUUGGUUUCCAGCAAAACUUAUUGAAUACCGAGGAAAGGACAAAUGCCUUAUAGAAUAUGAUAAACUGAAAGCUGAAGACGGGAAAGAGCUUCUGAGAGAAGAGGUCAAUGUUUUACAGAUAAGGCCUCAACCAAUAGAGACGGUCAUGGUUAAUCCGUUUGAGAAGCUUGACAAAGUUGAUGCUUUGUAUAAUGAUGGAUGGUGGGUUGGGGUGAUUAUGAAGGUUCUUGCAAAGUCAAGCUACCUGGUUCACUUCAAGAAGACUGAAGAGGUGCUAAAAUUUCAUCACUCUCAGUUAAGGCUUCAUCAGGAGUGGAUUAAUGGCAAGUGGAUAACAUCUUCUAAGUCUCAGGCGGUGUAA